AUGCCGUUCCUGUCAUAUGCCCGUGCGCUGGAACUGAGGAGGCAAUUGCAAGGAACUAGAGCUGAGGUUAUCUGUAUCGGGUGCGAUGAUUAUGCGACGAGCAUUCGGCGAUGGAGUGACACCUGCGAAAAAGAAGCUGGUGCCGUUGUACGUGUAGCAAGCACAGCAGAGGUGGCCGAGGUGGUCCGCUUCUGCCGGAAGAAUCACAUCGACUUCGUGGUCGAGGCUGGUGGACACUCCACCACCGGGGCUUCUUCGUCGCAUGGGGGUGUGGUGAUCAGCUUGGCUAAGAUGCGCAAGGUCUUGACAGACCCUGCCUCUGAGACGGUGUGUGUCCAGGGAGGCGCGACCUGGGAUAUGGUCAAUGAUUCAACUGCUCCUUACGGGCUAGCUGUGGUAGGCGCCAUGACCAGCCACGCUGGGGUGGGCGGCUCAACAUUAGGAGGUGGCUCCGGAUGGCUAACAGGGCAGUACGGUCUGAUUUCAGACCAGCUGGUGGGUGUCAAGGUGGUCCUGGCCGAUGGCACCAUUGUUGAAGCAUCAAACGAGGAUAACCAGGACCUAUUCUGGGCGAUGCGCGGAGCAGGACAAGCUUUUGGUAUUGCUACUGAGUUUGUAUUCCGUGCCCAUAAAGUCCGAGACGAGUUUUUCGGAGGGGUGAUAGAGUACGAUGUGGAUAGGCUACCAAUGCUUGUCGAUUUUGCGAACGAGUUCGAUAGACGUCAGGAUCCGAACAGUGGCUUCUACUUUGGAUUCGCAUAUUCACGAGUCGAAAAGCAAAUGGUAUUGCGGGCCGUGGUUUUCUACGACGGGUCUGCGUAUCAAGGCGGAAUAUUUUUUGGCCCCAUCCUAUAUCAGAACCCUCUGAUGAGCCCUCUGACCAACCAUACUGGCAUGAGGACGUAUGUAGAGAUGAAUGCAUUUGCUAAUGUCGACCCAGUGCCAGAAGGCCGCAAAAGCAUCAGUGGUGCAAACAUCAUGCGACCGCUCGAGACAAGCCUUUUGCAAGAUCUUUACAUUCAGCUCGCUGAGGCUAUGAAUGCGUACCCCCGUAUGGAAGACAGCGUGUUGAUGUUCGAUAUUUUACCAUACAAAAAAACUGGGGAGAUUCCUGUUGAAGAAACCGCGUGUGCCAAUCGAGGGUCUUAUUACAGCGCCAAGCUCUUAUUAUGUUGGCAUGACUCUGAGCUGGAUGCGAAGAUGCAUGCUUUUCAACGGAGCAUUAUCUCCAAAAUCUUGGAAGCGCAACGAGGCAUUCCUGAUGAUCAGGUUGUGGCGUGUCCCAAUCUUGCCGGACAUGACAUUAGUGCCGAGAAACUGUUCGGUCCUAACCUGCCUCGAUUACAGAAGCUGAAGAGGAAGUAUGAUCCACAUAAUGUAUUCCGCAAGUGGCAUGAUUUAAUUGCACCAGCAAAGUCACAUGUAGAGCACACGGACAAAUCAUAG